AUGUUUAAUAAAUGUCAAGUAAAGAGUAGUUGUCGAGAAGAUUGUAAUGCAAGGAGAACGAGUAUAAAUGAAAAAAAUGAAAAUAUAUAUGAGGAAAAUAAGAAAAAAGAAAAUGAGGAGUUAACAGAAACUAUAGGAGAACCGGAUCAUUCAAAAGCUGUUGAAAUAAGUCAACGCACUGAGAGAGAAUAUGUGGCUAUAACCGCUUACCAACCAGUUGAUGUUGUAACUAGAACUGUAGAAGUACCUUUCGUUAGAACAAUAGAAACCGCUAUUCCUAAAAUAACAUAUGAAAACAAAAUUAAGGAAGUUCCAAAAUAUUAUUCUAAAAUUGUAGAAAAGGUCAUUGAAGUACCAGAAAUAAAAUACGUUGACAAAAUAGUUGAUGUACCACAUGUUCAGUACUAUUUCAAAUAUAUUCCAAAAGUUGAAGUCAAAGAGAAUAUUAUUAAAAAACCAGUUUAUGAAAAAAAAAUUGUAGAAAAAAUAGUAGAAGUUCCUAAAAUAAAAGAGGUGCAAAGAUAUCAAGAAGUAGAAACUGUGGAAUAUGUUGUAAAAUAUAUUCCGAAAAAUAAAAGUGAAUAUGGAGAAAACGAAAAUGAAGAUAAGAAACAAUCAAAAAUUACAAGUGAAAAUGGAUCACAUGAAGAAUCUCAUGAUAUAGUAAAUAAUGAGAAUGAAACAAAAGAAAAAUAUAAAGAUGAAUCUACACAAAAUAUAGUAAAUAGUGGUUCAUAUGCACUAGCAGAUAGUAUUGAUGGAGCAAGAUUAAUUAAAAGUGCUCCUAUAGAUAUGAAUCAAGGAGAAUAUCUACAAGCAAAUACGAUAUAUAACAAAUAUAUUGCAUCUACUAGCACCCCAGAGAUGCAUUCCUACAUGCUUACUAAAUCUAUGCAAGAUGAUAGGCAAAAACCAUCUAGUGCAUUUCCUUCUUUUGGUUUACAGAAUGAGUUAUCAAUGAUUCAACUAAAAAAAAAUAGUUCUAUAUUAUCUGCACCGAGAAUUGAACAAGUUUUUAAACCUAAAAUUGUUAAAAAUAUAGAAGUUCAAAAGCAUGUUCCAAUUUCUGUUGAUGUGCCAGUUCCUUAUAUGGUUCCAAAACCCGUAGUUGUUAAUGUUGAAGUUCCUGUUUUAAAAUUUAGGGAUACAUUCGUACCUAUCCCUGUAAGGAGAAAAAUUAUUCCGAAAAUAAAGUGGAUAUCAGAUGUUUACCAAGUUGAAUGCAUAAAAGAAAAACCGUAUCUGAAAAUUCAAGAUGUUAUUAAGCCAAUUCCUUGUGGCGUAGAUAUAAAGUAUAGAGAAUUUAUGGAAAAAGCAUGCGCAAUUAAUCCAAAUGAGUUACCACAAGAUGACGUUCAUGCAAUGUGGAUGAGAGUUAAUGCUCAUCUAGCUGAGAAAAAAAAAAAAGAAUAUGGAAAUCUAUAUCCAUAUUAUAGAAAUGAAAAUGAAAUAGGUACUUUUAGUAAAAUGGAAUAUCACAGAAAUGGAGAAGAAGGAUAUUCUAAAAAGGAAGAGUUAAAUUUCAAAGAAGGAAGUAACGAAAACGGCACAAUAAUUAAAGAAAAUAGAGAAAGCGAAGAAAAGAAAAUACUUGAUGGAAACAAAGAAGAGGGAGAAAUAGAUGGAAAUAAAGAAAGUGAAGAAAAAGAAGAUGGAAAAGAAGAAAAUGAAGAAACAGAUGAAAACAAAGAAAAUAUAAAAAAUAAUGAAAUAGAAGAAAAUGAGGAAAAAAAUUCUCAAAAAUCAGAGAAAAGUAACGAAAAUAUAGAUAUACAAAAAGAUGAAAUAACUAAUAGAGAGUGUAUAAAAAAUGAAUAUUAUGAAAAUAAUAGUCCAAUCAAUAUAGAACAACAAAAUUUUGAAAGUAGUGAAGCAUUUAUGGAUAAAAUGAAAAAGAAAUAUUUUGAAGAGCAAUCGAUUGCAUCUUUACAUCCAUCGCAUCCUCUGGCUAUGACUUAUUUACAGAAUAAAUGGAUUGAAACUGACACUUUAAGAACUCAUGAGCUUUACACAAAUGAUUUUAUAAAAGCGAACAUUAAUGCUAACUUUAAUUUAAGAAAUGGAAACAUUCAAAUGUCCCCUCUAAUGUAUGAUAAAGAAUUUCUGAAAACUGCUAAUCCACUUAUGACUUCUUUUAGUCAAAAUAACAUAAGAAAUUUAGAAAAUUAUUAUAAUAAUACCAUUUCUCGAAAUAUAAAUGAAGAAGCGAGCAAAUAUAAAAGUUAUAAUUUUAAUGAAAAGGAAGACAAAAAUGAAAUUAGAGAAAUAAAACUAUAUCAGAAUAUCAAAGAUGUUAAAAAAGAAGACAAUGAUUCGACAAAUAAUAAAUGCUGUAAUUAUUUUUGUAAAAAGUGA